GAGUCUCUCCAGAUCAGAACACCAGAUGUCCCUGUAUCGUGCCUCUCCCGGUAGCACCUUACUGCUGGGUAUGAAGAGGUUGUCUGUGCUGCUGGUGGACUGCAGGAAAACAACGGGGCUGAGUGGAACUGUGAGAGGAGGAGAAGAGAAGAAAGGUUCAGAUUUGACACAUCAAAGAGAAAGACCAGACUCAGAGGAACCAGAGCCAGGGACGUCCAAACCAGCAAGACGACACCAGUGCUCCCAGUGUGAAAAGAGUUUUAAACAGGAAGCACAACUGAAAAAACAUAAGAGAAUACACACAGGGGAGAAAUCUUACCAAUGCUCCCAAUGUGGAAAGUGUUUCACCCGGUCCGGGAUGCUGAAACGACAUGAGAGAAUACACACAGGAGAGAAGCCUUACCACUGCUCCCAGUGUGGAAAGUGUUUCACCUGGUCGGGGAUGCUGAAACGACAUGAGAGAAUACACACGGGAGAGAAGCCUGGAGAGAAGCCUUACCACUGCUCCCAGUGUGGAAAGUGUUUCAAGCAGUCGGGGGAGCUGAAACAGCAUGAGAGAAUACACACGGGGAGAAGCCUUACCACUGCUCCCAGUGUGGAAAGUGUUUCACCUGGUCGGGGAUGCUGAAACAACAUGAGAUAAUACACACAGGAGAGAAGCCCUACCACUGCUCCCAAUGUGGAAAGUGUUUCAACCAGAGUGGACACCUGAAACAACACGAGAGAAUACACACAGGGGAGAAGCCUUACCACUGCUCUGAGAGAACAUGAGAGAAUACACACAGGGGAGAAGCCUUACCACUGCUCCCAAUGUGGAAAGUGUUUCACUCAGUCGGGGAAGCUGAAAAAACAUGAGAAAAUACACACAGGAGAGAAGCCCUACCACUGCUCCCAAUGUGGAAAGUGUUUCAACCAGAGUGGACACCUGAAACGACAUGAGAGAAUACACACGGGAGAGAAG